UUUUUUUCAGUGGAGAGGGGGGGGGUGGCUCUGCCAUCUGCAAACCCAGCGGCUGGAUCUGUGAUAUGUACACACAACUUAGUUUGAUAACAAAUCGGCACCGCCUCGUUUUACUUUUGGAUUCAUUCUAAGAGCACACGGUGCUCCGCGGUGUUUUCAAUCUCUUCCUUCACCAGUUCUUUUCCUCUGUCCGAGAGCUCCGGGACAUGUCGAGUCGCGGAGGCGUUUCUCCUUCCACCCGAAGCCUCCCCUAACUUGGGAUCCCACGGAAGGCGCUAUGUCAUGAAGCAGGAACACACUUGUGGACAUCACUGAAUUCGCUGAGAGGAGGACGACUUCACUCCGUUGAACAGAUCUCUAACGGGACAACUUGCCUAAGGCGACACAGCGGGCUGGCCUGCUGCUGAUAGACUUCUGUUAUCUUUUGCCACCUGUAAAACACCGCCGCCAUCAUGCAGACCUCAUCGCUGCGCCGCCAGAUGAAAAACAUGGUCAACAACUACACAGAGGCUGAGAUCAAGGUCCGAGAGGCCACCUCCAACGACCACUGGGGGCCUCCCAGCUCGCUCAUGUCUGAAAUCGCGGACCUUACCUUCAAUGUUGUGGCUUUCGCUGAGGUUAUGGGUAUGAUCUGGAAGCGGCUCAAUGACCAUGGUAAAAACUGGCGCCAUGUUUAUAAGGCACUGACCCUGCUGGACUACCUGAUCAAAACGGGCUCCGAGCGCGUGGCCCAGGAGUGCCGGGAGAACAUACACACCAUCCAGACACUGAGAGACUUCCAGUACAUAGAUCGGGACGGACGUGACCAGGGUAUCAAUGUCCGAGAGAAGGCCAAGCAGCUGGUGGCUCUGCUGAGGGAUGAGGAAAAGCUGAAGAGGGAGAGGAGCCAGGCACUGAAGACCAAGACGCGUAUGGCUGGGGUCACCAGCAGCUUAAGCUCUGGAUCCUUGCCUCCUCCUUACCCAGGUCAACGCACCAGUUCGGCAGGGGUCUAUGGGGAGGAUAUGAGGAGGUGCAGAAGCUCACCAUCCUCUCACUCCUCCUCUUCCUCUCCUCGCCUUGCUCCUGACAUGGAGCAAGCUCGGCCCGCGACCAGCGGAGAGGAGGAGCUGCAGCUGCAGCUGGCCCUGGCUAUGAGCCGAGAAGAAAGUGAAAAGCCACCUCCCCCUGUGGACAUUGAUGAACAGACCCAGCUGCAGAUCGCUAUGAGCCUCAGCAAGGAGGAGGCACAAAAGCCAGUCCAGCGUGCACCUGCCACACUGGAUAUGGAUGAGGACACCCAGCUCCAGUUAGCCCUGAGCCUGAGCAAGGAAGAGCACCAACAGGAACAACUCAGUCGCCAAGGAGACGAGUCGAUGCUCCAGAAAGCUUUGGAGGAAAGCAAACGUCAGAUGGAGUCUAAAGGCGGGACCGCCUUCAUGGACCUGGUAGAUGUUUUUGCAGUGUCCUCAGAUCUGCCUUCUGGUGAUAGUCGAUGGAAUAAUGCUGCACACCAGGCAGCAGCUCAACUGGGGGGCACAGACCCCUGGGACUCCAUGGAAGGCAGCACUAACACCUCAAGAGGAGAUGCUUCGUGGAUGGUCCCACCACCAUCCAACAGUCCUCCCCCGCCAUGGGAGCCCCCCGCUGAACCCUGGGAUGGCCAGCCGAACAAUGUCUCUAACCUCAAUGCCACCGGCCGUGUGUGGGCUUUCCCUGCAAACACAGCCUCCUCAAGAGUCGAUCCAUUCUCAGCCCCCCUAUCAGAGAGAACAACAGCCGAUGGAGCUGUCAGGGAACCUUUUCCCCGAACUGGAAGCCCCUCUGAUGGAGAUCUGUUUGAUGAGGCCAUGGAUGGAGGUCAGAUGAACGUCAACGGACGAGGGGAGGGCAGUCCUGAGCUCUUUGACCUGUCACAUCUUGGGGAAAGCCUGGCUGCCCCCAGCCCUCGUACAUGCCGGACGCCUGAGUCCUUCUUGGGCCCCACAGCAGCGUCCUUGGUAAACCUGGACAGCUUGAUCCCAGCGAAUCCCCCAGCCAAGACCAAGAACCCCUUUUUAUCAGGUCUGAGUGCUCCUUCAGCCACCAAUCCAUUCCAAACUGACCAGCCCAAACUAACUCUGAAUCAAAUGGGCUCCGGCUCCACCUCUUUGGCUCCUCACAGCACUACUCUUCCAUACAGUGCCUCCUUGCCUCUGCCCAUGAGCCACCAGCCUGCCAGCCUCCCUUCGUCACUUACUCACCCCACCCAGCCUGGCCUGGACCUGCCAGGGAACCUCCCUGAGCCCUUGUUGCCCUUCUCUUCAGCCAGUACUCAGGGAUCAGAGGCUGCACAGAGCAGUCAGAACCCUUUCUUAUGAGGACCAACUAAACUGGAGAGAAAUAUCUUAGUAAAAGGGGAAUGCUAUUAGGUUAUGCUCUUGAAAUAUCUCUAACCGCAGACCAAACUGUAGCCCCAAGGACUUGUAUGAAAACCUUAUUCUUAGUUGUUUUUAUAUUGUGGUAUAAUACAAUAACCCUUAGGUUGAUGCAAGCUGAUUCUGUUCUUCACUAUAACAUUCUGUCCUGCUCCUCUGGUCAUAAAAGCUGUAACAGGGUAUAAAAGAGAUAACACCUUUAUAUCAUGACAUUUGUGUCAUGUAAAACUUCUUACAGCCAUAACCUAUUGCUAAUGUAAUUCAGAUACAAACCUACAUAAAAGCACAGUUUGAUAAUAUUUUGUUGUCUCUAUACAGCCGUAAUAACCAGGAAAAUGUGUUACAGCUUUGCGGUUAGUCAACAAGUCUGCUCACUCAACUGUUUGUAUGAUUGGCUUCGCUGGCUCGUGCUUCUGUCAUAUACUCUGCCUCCUGAAAAAAAAGAGGUUUCUUAUAACUGGCAACAGUUUCUUAAAGACAUGUCCAGCUCUUGAAAUGUAACUGCAUCAAACAAUAUCAAUAACUUUGUGGCCGUUUCUGUGCACCCAGAAUUGAUGAGAGAAUUUCAUGUAUAAACAAUUUUACUAUGGUGAUAUGAAUUACUGGGAUUAAGUCAAAGAAAUUCUAGUUUGGGAGGACUGUAUGUGCUUCAAAAUUCACUAUAAGCAGGGCAACAUUAGAAAACGUAUGAAUCAUGAGUUUUAUUCAUUGCUUGUGAAGCACUGACUCUCAUCAAAUAUAAGGGUAUUAUUACAACACUG